AGCUCAGAAAAUAUGAUGAAAAGUUGAUGAAAACAGCGUAACUCCGUGCGGGUUUCUUAAAUACGCGUAGGUUAAAGGACGUGAAGUAGUGGAGCUGGUGGAGUUUUCGUAGGAACACUGGUUUCAUUUGUUUUGGGUGUUAUAGGCAGAGAGUAAGUCAACGGUGUAGUUAUGAAGGACUUAUUAGCGGUGCUGUUUUUCUUGUCUGUCCACAGAGCAGAAAGCUGGAACGAUGGAGGGAGUGUGCUUCUGCGAGACAUCCAGGCACUCACCCUGUAUAGGGGCCGCUACACCACUGCCCGCCGCACGAGUCCUGUGCCUCAGCUUCAGUGCUUGGGGGGUUCGGCCGGCUGCAACGCCUUCGUUCCAGAGGUUGUUCAGUGCCAGAACAAAGGCUGGGAUGGUGUUGAUGUCCAGUGGGAGUGUAAGACAGACAUGGACAACACGUACCGCUUUGGAAGGAUCGAGGUGAGCUGCGAGGGGUUCAACCACCCAGAUGACCCAUACAUCCUGAAAGGCUCAUGCGGACUGGAGUACACGCUCGAGCUGACGGAGCAGGGCCGGCAGCAGGGCUAUGGUUCCCGGGGUUCUGGAGCCUUUGAUGGCUUCGCAGGUUUUGCAUCCAGCUUCUUCCAGGGUGGUGGCGGCGGCGGCGGCAACAGUAGAUAUCAACAAGGUGGUGGGGCCUACCACUCGAGUUCCUCAGGGGGUGAGGCCAGUGGCCUGAUUGUGGUUGCCUUCUUCCUGCUUUUGGCCUACGGUGUGUACAAGAUGUUCCUUUGCAACCCCACACAUGGCCAGGACCGCUUUCCUGGAGACCCUGGUUACCAUGGUGGUCCCCACAGCUCAGGCCCUCCCCCACCAGGAUUCAAACCUGACUACACAGAAAAUUCUUCAGACUAUGGAAGCCAUACAAACUUCCCAGGAUCUGGACCUCAGUAUGGUUUUAGGAAUGAGUUCAUGGGACCUGGACAUACCAGACAUAGUUCCAACUCACGUUCAGGGUUUUGGUCUGGAAUCGGUGCAGGAGGAGUCUUGGGAUAUUUGUUUGGAAAUCGGAAUAGACGCCAGCAGCCAUACACAUCAAAUUGGAACUCAUGGAAUUCUACCCCCAAUGCAUCAACAAGCAGCAAGGGCACAAGAACAGCCUCAGGAUUUGGAGGGACUAAGAGACGAUAAACAGAUGACAAUGCAGUUGUGUUCGACACUUGACCAUCCCCAGUUUUCAUGGGCAGGAUUCCUUUUUCUGCAGUGGCCUUUACCCUGUUUCAUGCAGCAUCUGUUGCAAAACUAGUAGAAACCUGUGUUUUUGGUUUAGGUGAAGAAAUUGUAAUGAUGGAUUUCAUGGAUGUGUGAUGUGGGGUUAGAAUGCAUAGCUUUGGUUAUGCUGUGUGCAUUGGAGGGAACCACAGGAGUAGUUAUACUAUUAGUGUUUACAUUUGGCUUUGUGUUCCGAUUUCAACUCUUUGCUUGGUGCACUGUGUUAUAACCAGGGAUUAGUCUGAUGUAACCUGUGUAAAAUAUAAGUAGAAUUAAAUUUGUAUGCAACAUAAUGGUUGAGGGCACUUGUAAGUAGUAUUUUAAAGUUAUUCCAUUUGUUUGUGUGAAGUUGUUUAUGUAGACUUAUUGAAAAGGAUUUGUGUAGCAUCUUUAUAAUAAUGAAAUCUAUGAAAAGCUAGUGGUACUACUAGAUAUAAAUGGAAAAUUCAGAUAUUGUGACAUGAAUCCCAAACACCAUUUAAGUAUAAAGUUGUUUGUAUAGCAUUCAAGCACAAACCCUAGGAGAGCUUACUAAAAGAUUAGGCUAGGAGUAAAAAGUGGCAGAAGCAGAAAAGAUGUGAUAUAAUGUACAAAGUGAGAUGAUUUUAAAUUGUACUAUAACAGGUUGAAAAAUCUUUUAAAAUAAAAUUACUCAA